UGACCUUUUAUGACACUUUCCUUAUUGUCAUUUAUAGGGAAGACUUUUAGCUGGCUCAUUCACUUAAAGAUGUUCAUAACGAGAAUGUGUUUUAGUUUGUUCACAGAAUAAAAUAUUUAGCGAAGAUUAAAUCACAUAUUUAAAGACAGAUUGAUUGUGAUGUAUAAUAAUGGGUAAUAAAUCAUCAAGCUCGAAAGAUCCGCACUUUUCCAGUGAGUCUAGAGGGAGGAGCCGAUCAUUCAAUGGGUUGGCCUCAAGGUUUCGCAAGGCUAGUAAGAGCCCCCCUCGGGAUAGAAGUAGCUCGUUUGGAGAGUCGACGCGGCCUCAGAGAAAAGGAAGUGGAAGAGGGAGUCAGAAUGGUGCAUUAAAAAGUGGUCAGAAUGGACAUGUGAUAAAACGUGGACCAGACAUCCCUAUUGCUACUCUUACAAAAUCUGGAGUGGAAAUACCCAGUAAUGAAAAGAGUAGUAAAAAUAAAAAAGAGAAAAGUAUGGCUGAAUUGUCUCGAUCGGCCCCUGGUGGUCGUCCUUUUCACUACAGACAAAAUUCUCCAACUAAACAUUUAACGCCAUCCAAAGAACUAAGUUCAAAAACAUCAACUCCAUCAAAAGAAUAUAUGGAAAGCCGAGAAAGUACAAUUUCAAAAACCAGUCUCGGAACAUCAGGGUUUACCUAUAAUGAAGAUGAUACGUUAAUAAAAAGUUCGAAUUUAAAGAAUUUGAAAAACAAGCAGAUAUCUGAUAAGCCCAAGUUGAUUGAAGAUUAUUCGGAAUCUCCAAGACUGUCUGUAUCUCAGAUGAGGAAUGUUUCUCGGGAAUUAUUUUCAGAUCAGUUGGAGGAUUUGGCUAAAAGGCGAGGAAUGGCAACUUUAAACCGUGAUUUGUCUCUUUCAAAUGCUAGUCUUGGAUUAUUAUCAAAUAGAUCAAAAUCUAUGCAUAGUUUAAGCUCUAAUGAUUGGGACUAUGAGGAGAGAUGUAAAGUUGGGGAGUUACUUUCUUUUGAAGGGAGUAGUAAAGUGGGUGAAUUGUGUCGCAGUAUAACAUCGCAGUUUUCAGGUGAUAAUCAGGACAGUGAGGAUAUGUUUUCACGACCAAGAACCAAUUCUGCAUCGGCAAUUGAUCUUGGUCGCUAUGAUCGAAAGCAUGUUGCAAUGGGAGCUACUAGUGCUGAAAUUCGUCGUAACUUGGCAUCACAGUAUGCCAUUGAUCCUAAGAAAUCUAGUCAAAAAAGUAAUUCAACAGACAAUGUUGGUCCAGAUGUAAUUUCAGCACGGAGAAUGCUCGUUGCUAGGGCAUUGAAAGAUGGGGAUACACCGGAAAAGGCAGACGACUCGUCUUCACCAAUUGUUACGCCGCAAAAAAGAGCGUCUUCACCAAACAUCCUUGAAACUACUCGUUCUAUGUCACCUGGUGCAAUAAGUCAAGGUCGUUCACACUCUCCGAUCUCAAAUAGAAGUUCAAGUCCCGCACUUGGACACAACUUUUCCCCUGAUAAAUCAUACAGGAGUUCCAGCCCUUCUUUGGGUUCUAACUUUUCCCCAGAAAGAACAGGACGGAGUGCAAGUCCUGCAUUUGGAAUAAAAACUUCCAUUGAUACCACAGGAAGAAGUUCAAGUCCCUUGAUAGGAAACAAUUUAACUCCAGAGAAGAUCUUUCAACAGGAGAUGCCAAGCUCUGCAAGCAGUUCCUUGCUACAAAACUUAGAUAAAAGUCAGCUCCAAGCUGCAAAUAUGACAAAAUCUAUGCAAAAGUUUUUAUUAGACCAUCAAGGUGUUGGGACCAACUCAACUGAUUAUGAAAAACUUCACAACAAAUUGCAGAAGAAGAAGAAAAGACCCGGUAGCGGAGUGUUUGAUUUAUCUCUACGGGAAAGGAGCAGCAGCUUCUCUAUUUUAUCAUCAAAACAAAAACAACAACAAUAUGUGGAACAGAUGAUCCAAGAACAAUUAACAAAACCAAAAAUUGAGGAACCAGUCCAGACUGAAAUAAAAAUUAUACAUGCACAGUCUAAGUCAUACGAUAGUACACCGGUUUCAACCGGUGGUGAUUCCGGAUUUAGAAGCCGGAGUCAAAGCUGGUCAUCGUUGUCUCGUAAAAGUGUGUACGAAUCUGAACAACAUAUAAAUAGUGUAACUAACCCAUCUGUGAAUAAUUUAUGGAGUUAUAGUGAAAUGUCACUAGCCGAACUUCCGGUAGAUCUCGCCACACAACCGCAGCGGUUCAUCUCUAUUAUAGAGGAUGAUGGGCCCGAACCUGAACCGGAAAAUUUGAACUUCUCCAAAGAUUUAGAUGCCAUACAGAACUUGGGCAUGGACGGUCCAAUGGGACCAGGGACCCUAAACUCUGCCCACAGUCAACAGUUACUUUCACAACAGGAAGUAUGCCCAACAUGCCACCUGCCAUUUGACAAAGGGAAGAAGAGAAAGUUGACUGACACGUGCGGGCACGAGAGAUGUUGGUCGUGUAUGUUUAGCAGCAAGGAGGAGUGUCCCCUGUGUAAUAAUAAUGUCCUUCAACGACAGCAUAGUACGGGUAACUUGCGUCACAGUGCUGACCUAGGUCAUAGACCCAAGGUGAAGACCAACGGUCACUUCACAACGUACAUGCAGACGCGGUCAGACGUACCAGACAACAUGUCACAUUACCAAGUGCCGCAGAGAACUGGUUCAAGGAUGCAACAAAGCCAGGUUCCAGCUUCUAUGGUUCCCAUGAAACCCAAACUAGCUACAUCAGCAUAUCCCCAACAAAAUCUACCUCCUUCAAUGAAGAGUUACUCUCCACAACAUCAACAACAUGGUAGCCAAUAUACUAGGCAUCAACAACAGCAUGGGGAUCCAUACUACAGCAGUGAUUCUGCGCUUGGUUCACCAGACUUCAGCAGUAAUGCCAGCGGCGGGGUCGCAGGUCACAGCCAGGAUUUAGAUGACCUCCCAGGUCAUACUGAUGUCCAUAACACAGGACCAGUCGGUAAAAGCAGCCCACCUCCACCACCACCUGAUGUUGCCCAUGGCGACCUCAUGAUGAGGUUAGGACUGUUGCUUGGAGACAAGUCAGCCAAUCAGGUUCCAGAGCAAAUGUCACAUGGUAUGAGAAUGACCAAUCAGCUUCGAGAUGAGUCGUAUCAUACAGUAUCUUCAAUAGGAACCAGUGGGGAUGGUACCCCAGAUAGAGGAAUCUCUGAUACCAGUCCAAUGUCUACACUAACAGCCUCAUCUGGUAGUGAUCGCGGCCACAGUAGCUUACACCCUGCCUACGGUGUUCCUCACCAUAGUCGGGAUCCGAGCACGGACAGUCUGGGGUCAAUAAUUAGUACAAGUACUGGUCAAAGUAUUAGUCCACAUGCCACCUCCAACAGACCACAUUCUAUCACAACUUCUACACCUGGUGCUAUUGAAGAUUUGAACUUAUUUGGUCGCAAGUCUAAACUACGACGGUCAGCUAGAGCUACAAUAGGCUAUACUGAUGAUUCAAGAUUACGUAUAACACCUAUUCGACCACCACAGCUUCAUGUUAAUGCCAUUAACUUUGAGAUACCACAUGCUGAAGGAACAGCCAUGUUCAUUGGACGAGAAUGGAUCUUUAAAGAUAUUGAUCUGUCAUUGAAUGGUGAACAUACUAGUUCUGACCAGCCAUCUGGUGUGAUCAUUGUUGGAGGUAUUGGUAGUGGGAAAACUGCCAUUGUAGAACAACUAGUGGCUCAUAGUUGCUUUGGUGAUGGCAAAACCGGUCUAGUCCAGGCUCCUACAAACAGGCAAGGUGAUAGGUUAUUGAAUGGUGGGAUGAAUUACAGCCCAACAUCAACACUGAAUAAACAGCAGAAUUUGAGUGGUUCAAAUAAUAGUCUUAAUUAUGACGCUUUACGAACACUAGGGUCACAAGUUGUGGCGUAUCAUUAUUGCCAAGCUGACGUCAAUGUGACGUGUAUGGUGCCGGAGUUUGUUCACAGUGUGGCGGCGUAUCUUGCGCACGCUCCACAGCUGUCUGCGUACAGAGAACUUUUGCUACAAGACACGCAGUUACAGCAUAUAUUAAGUCUGAAACAGUGUGUGCAAGAUCCGUCUAGUUCGUUCACUAAAGGAAUUUUAGAGCCGCUUGAACAAUUGACACAAAGUGGGAAAAUGGACGCUGAUACGUGUUUGUUAGUCGUGGACGGUUUAAAUGAGGCGGAGUUUCAUAAACCGGACUACGGUGAUACUGUGGCUUCUUUUAUCGUACGCCAUAUUGAAAAAUUUCCACGAUGGCUGAAAUUAGUGCUAAGUGUACAUAAUAACAUGAUAGAGAUUACAAAUUCGUUGCCGUUUCCAAGGAUAUAUAUAGACAAAGUUGAAGGCAAUGAAAUGUUAGUGAGAGAUCUGCAAGAAUAUGUGAUUCAUCGAGUGCAAUCCUGCGUUCAAAUAAAACGCAAUAUGGCUUUGAAAACAUUAGAUGCAACUACGCAAGUUAAAUUCGCUUCGUACGUUCAGGGUCUAAGCCACGGGUCUUUCUUAUUUUGCAAACAAACGUUAGAUUUAAUAGAGCAAGGGCAAGUUGUGCUUAAAAGUUCAAACUACAAAAUUUUACCGGUGACUUUAUCAGAAGUGUUCCUCUUACAGUUUAACAUUAAAUUUCCAAGUGUGAGAUCUUUCGAAAAAAUUUCGCCAAUACUUGGUGUAUGCCUUGCCUCCCUCUAUCCAUUGACUGGGGAAGAAAUUUUCCAGGCCUUGAAUUCAGGGUUUACAGACAGAUACGUAACUUGGGAAGAUUUUCAGCAAAGGCUAGGGUUAAUGUCAGGUCUUUUGUACCAGAGGCGGGAUGGCACUUUUGUGUUUUUCCAUCCGGCAUUCCGAGAUUGGCUGAUUCGCCGUGAAGACUCAGAUAACAGUACAAAGUUCCUCUGUGAUUUAAGGCAUGGACAUGCCCUCCUUGCAUUCCACUUAUCUCGUGUGGUGGCUCCGUUAAACUCUGAGAAGACUAUAGAGCUCGGACAUCACAUUCUGAAGGCACAUAUUUAUAAGAACAUUAGUAAACAACGUGGGUACUCGUCACGUGAUAUGCAGGCAUUCUGGGUAGCUCUCAGUGCUGACAACCUUAGUGGCUCUCUAGUCUCAUUGCGCAAUCUGUACUCUCCUAAUGUGAAGGUGAGUCGUCUGAUACUACUAUCUGGUGCCAACCCCAACACACGGACCGUGUAUGAGGAUAAUUCACCCAUACUCUGUAUAGCUGCCAAGGAAGGUCUCACAGACAUGGUGUCAUUACUGCUAGAGUUUAAUGCCAGUGUUGACGCCGUGUCCGACACCGGAAUGUCAGCACUGUGCUAUGCUGCGGCUAACGGCCAUGCUGAUAUUCUGAAAAUGCUGUACCUUAGACAUGCAAAGAUAAACCAUGUUGACAACAGUGGUCAGUGUGCCUGUAUUCAUGCAGCAGUGAACGGACACCUUGACACGCUGGUAUAUUUACUGCAAUGUGAUUGGAUAAUCAAUGAAGGUCAGGUGACCAAGGUGGAAGCUAUGCAGCAGUCAUUUAUCGUAGCUGCGGCUAUGGCACACAAAGAUAUCUGCGAGUUCCUCCUUCAUCUUAACAGAAAUAUUCGUGAUGGUUUUGGCUUAGAUGUAGUCGACACCUUGCUGGGAGAAACUCCAUUGACAGCAGCCUGUUUGAAUGGACGUAAGGAGAUAGUUCUGUGGUUAUUAAAGACAGGUGCUAGCCCUGAAACAACAAAUAUGAAGUCAUUCAGCCCAUUGCUGUGUGCUGUAGAAGCUGGGAAGUGGGAACUUGUGGAUCUUUUGCUUUCUUUGGGUUCCUCGAUUGAGCAGACGGACAAACAUGGCCGCACUCCACUGAUGAUUGCAGCAUACAAAGGUCACAUCGGAGUCCUUGAGAUGUUGUUGUCAAGAGGAGCUUCAAUCCACAAGACAGACAAGGAAGGUCUGACUGCACUCUGUUGGGGUUGUUUAAAGGGUCACCUACAUAUUAUACAAUCCUUGUUGGACAGAGGCUCGCACCUACAUCAUGCAGACAGAUGUGGUAGAAGUCCACUACAACUAGCAGCUUUCCACGGUGAUGCUCAAGUGGUAAGUUUGGUCCCCAAAAUUAAACAAAAUGAUCUAAAUGUGAGAGCGUUAGACCGUGCCAUUGAUCGCAGGAAUACUGCAGUUGUGGUCUGCUUCUUACGUAAAGGAGCCAAACUAGGUCAGAUGACGUGGGCAGUUGCUUCCGGAAAACCGGACGUUAUGUUACUACUCCUUAAUAAAUUGAUGGAAGAUGGAAAUGUCUUAUAUAGAAAAAAUCGUACAAAAGAAGCAGCUCAGCGUUAUCAGUAUGCCUUGAAGAAAUUUCCACAGGAAGAUUUUGGUGAUGAUUACAAAACAUUUAAAGAAGUCAAACUCAAUUUGAUGCUGAAUCUCUCCAGAUGCAAGCGAAAAAUGAAUGAUUGUGAUGGUGCAAUAGAGCUGGCAUCCAAGGCCCUUGAAUUAAAACCUAAAUGUUUUGAGGCAUACUAUGCUCGUGCCAGGGCCAAGAGGGAUCACAGACUAUACGCAUCAGCCAUGGAAGAUCUGAAGGAAGCUUUGAAACUAGCACCAACCAAUAGAGAGUUACAGAGACUUCUUGUGCGUGUGCGAGACGAGUGCCUGGAGCAGGCAAGGAGUGAGGAAGCACAAGACUCGGACGAGAAUAGAAGAUCAAAUGAAACAGCUUUGUGAACAAUGAUCAAAUGCUAGAGAACAUUGUCAUAGAGACCUUUAAUGCAAAGUUGAUACUAAAGAUAUGGAACUGCUACUCAUGAAAUAAGUUGAUACUGAAAAUAGAGAAGUAGAACUCGUAAAAUGAAUUUCUGUUGAAGAUAAAGAACUAGUACUGAUAAAAUAAGUUGACACUAAAGACAGAGGAGUACUCAAAAAAAAAGUUUAUACUAAAGAUAAAGAAAAUAAAGUUGGUCCAGAGGAGAACAAUGUCAAAAGCACCAUUACUAAAAGUAACUUGUAAAAUAAGUUGAAAAAGAUCAUACACUGUAAUGAUAAAGAAAAUGUUAUCUUUAGAUUAAUGUGAGGAAAAAAGUGGAAAAAAGUUGCAAGCAAAAUAUAUACAUUAUUGUCUUAAGGAAUAGUUAGUAAACCCUGGAUAAACUAUGCUACAGAAGAUUCUAGAUCAUUUUUUAGAGUAAGGGUCAAAUUCUGACAACAUACAUACAUGAACGUUGCUAGAUGUAGAUGCUAUGCUAAUUUUCUGUAACAAAUUAUAUUAACAAGGACAAUAAAGAGUAUAUGCUAUACAGGCAGCUUUGUUGCGAAUUCAAAGAGUUAAAGACGUGCAAUAGAACACAUUGUCUUCAUUCAUAUAAAACAUUUUGAAGUGUCUACUUCUGUGUUUACAUAACAGUAGAAAUUUCCUGCAUUGAUUUGCUUAUAAGCUCUUUGUUUUUUAAGCUUUUUCACUUUGUCCGAUUUUUUCGGAAUUUGUAAAAACCAUGCUUUUCUUAGAUAUUUUUUAUGCUUCAUUCAUUUUGAUAGUUUUAACUAUAGAAUUUAUUUC